ACCAAUUGGGGAAAAGUAGAGGAAAGCAAGAGCCCAAAAGAAGUGGAGACAAAGAGAGAGUACACAGUAGCACUCUAGCAGCAUGGAACACGAACAUCACAGCAGCAGCAGUGAAGAUGAAGACGGCGAUGAGCAAUGGAAAGCCGCCAUUAACGCCGCUGCGUCCGCCUUUUUGGGUACUCCUACUCCCACUCCUGCGUCUGAUGACGAUGGUGUAGACGCCAAAUCUCUUCAACCCCACCCCAUCAAACACUAUCAAAUCAAGGCACAAAAGGUCUUGGAUGAUAUAUUGAUGAAAUCUUUAGACAUGGUAAAGAACUCAGAACCCGUUGAUAAUGUUGAUGAUCCUUCUGUAACAAAUGGAGGUGGCAUUCGUUUAUUCAAGCAAGCUCCUGUUGGGAUAGUGUUUGAUCAUACAGAUGAAUACAAUGGACCAAAAAGGAAACCGAGAAUUCUUCCUGGAGAGGAUGUCAACGAAAAAUCUAAGAAGUUUCAUUUGCUUAGACGGCACACUUCAGAGUAUGAGUGGCUACUGAAUCUCUGGACUUAUGUUUGGUGGCAGUUCAAAAGAAGAUUGCAGUGUGUUGUGGUAGAAGGAAUGGAAAUCUUAGAGACUGCAAAAGUCUCAUGCCAAAAAUCUCUAUCUAAAUUGAAGGCCAAAGAAGCAGCUGCAAAAGAAGCUGCUAAGAGAGAGGAAGAAAGAGUGGCGCAGCUGAAGAAAAUCAGGGGGGAGAGAUGGCUGCCAUCAAUUGCUAGAGAGAUGCAGGUGAAGUCCAGAGUUCGUUAGUUCAGGCGCAAUUUUGAGAUGAAAUACGCAUAGAACCAUCCACAAAUGCUGAAAGGAUGCCAUUAUGUUCCUUGGUGCAUCACCUAUAUGAUUUAGCAUGUUAUUGAGAUUAAAAAUUCUUGUAGGCUAGGCAGGGCCGGCUUUUAACAUGUGAAACAGGUCCCCUUAAUUGUGAGGGCAUCAAAAUGGAGAAAGUCGAAGUAGUAAAAAGAAAAGGUUUGUUGACUUUUCAGUUCCCACAAUAGGCGUAUUUCUAAUCUUCUAAUUCUCAAAACCA